GGAUGAAAAUCGGUGUUGCACGCGGCGGGCACGAGCGGAAGCCGCAUUUGUUGUUCUUCCCUGUGUUUCCGAGACGUAGCGGGACUGCGCGGGUUCGACGUCUGCAUAUGUCUCCUCCAGCUCCGCCGGUGAACCGUCUUCUACCGGCCCCGAAUGAAGAUUAACAGGUAUGCCAAAGGAAAAAUAUGACCCUCCAGAUCCCCGCAGAUGUUACACCAUCAUGUCAGCCGAGGAUGCAGCCAAUGGGAAGAAGUCUUACUGGGCUGAGCUGGAGAUCUCUGGGCGGGUGAGGAGUCUGAGCAGCUCGUUGUGGACGCUCACUCACCUGACGGCGCUGCACAUCAACGACAACAACCUGAGCCGCAUCCCGCCGGACAUCGCCAAGCUGCCCAACCUGGUCUACCUGAACCUGUCGUCCAAUAAGCUCCGGAGCCUGCCCGCCGAACUGGGCAACAUGGUCUCUCUCAGGGAAUUGCUUUUAAACAACAAUCUUUUGCGAGUUCUGCCUUAUGAACUUGGGAGGCUUUUCCAGUUACAAACCCUGGGGCUGAAAGGAAAUCCUUUGUCCCAAGAUAUCCUCAAUCUGUACCAGGAGCCGGACGGAACCAGAAAGCUUUUGAACUACAUGCUCGACAAUCUAGCGGUGCACCCGGAGCAGCUCCCCCAAAGACCUUGGAUCACGCUGAAAGAGCGAGACCAAGUGAUGCCCACAGCCGUGUUCACGGUCAUGUGCUACAACGUGCUGUGUGACAAGUACGCCACGCGGCAGCUGUACGGCUACUGUCCGUCCUGGGCCCUCAACUGGGAGUACCGGAAGAAAGGCAUCAUGGAGGACAUCACCAACUGUGACGCUGACAUCAUCAGUCUGCAGGAGGUGGAGACAGAGCAGUACUACACCAUGUUUCUGGAAACGCUAAAGGAGCACGGCUACGACGGCUACUUCUGUCCAAAGUCUCGUGCCAAACUGGUUUCUGAACAGGAGAGGAAACACGUGGACGGCUGCGCUGUGUUCUUCAAGACUGAGAAGUUUACGUUGGUCCAGAAACACACUGUGGAGUUCAACCAGGUGGCCAUGGCCAACUCCGAGGGCUCCGAGGUCAUGCUGAACAGAGUGAUGACCAAAGACAACAUCGGCGUGGCCGUUCUGCUCGAGGUUAACAAGGACGUGUUCUCCGGCGGCAUGAAGCCACCACAGGAGAAGCAGUUGAUUCUGGUGGCCAACGCCCACAUGCACUGGGACCCCGAGUACUCGGACGUUAAGUUGAUUCAAACCAUGAUGUUCCUGUCGGAGCUGAAGAGCAUCGCUGAGAGGGCCUCGGGCUCCAUAGCGACCGGCUCGCCCACGUCCGACCCGUCCUCCAUCCCCAUCGUCCUGUGUGCUGACCUCAACUCGCUGCCCGACUCUGGGGUGGUUGAAUACCUGAGCAACGGAGGGGUGGCCGAGAACCACAAGGACUUCAAGGAGCUACGCUACAGGGAAUGUCUGACCAACUUCAACUGCAACGGCAAGAACGGCAACUCAGACGGAAGCAUCACUCACAGCUUUCAGCUGAAGAGCGCCUACGACAACAAUCUGAUGCCUUACACCAACUACACAUAUGACUUCAAGGGCGUGAUUGACUACAUCUUCUUCUCGAAGACCCACAUGAGCGUCCUCGGCCUGCUGGGACCGCUGGACAGCCAGUGGCUCGUCGACAACAACAUCACCGGCUGCCCCCACCCCCACAUCCCCUCGGACCACUUCUCCCUGCUGGCCCAGCUGGAGCUGCACCCCCCCCUGCCCCAUCCGCACAACCCCCUCAACGGGCUGCACCUGCCGGUCAACAGGUAGUGCAGCCUGACGGAGCCCCCGCCCACCCUCCCUCCCUCCCUAGCCCACCUUUUAAACACUGCCCCCCCCUCUCCCCCCUCCUCCAGCUUUAUACAGGGCCCUGUACAGUUUAUUGAUCACAUUAGACCUCAGACACCAUCCAACCCUCUCCAGCCCUCAGACACACUGACCCAGAAGGAGUGAAGUAUUCGCCCUGUUUGUUGCUCCUCUUUGUUGCACACUUUAAAUGUGUAAAUAAUUUUUUCCUCCCCCCCUCCCCCCCUAGAAACCAAAUGUUGGGCUCGGGAUGAAGCUGCUUCUUCUUUUUUUUUUUUUGCUUGUUGACUCUGCUCCUAUAACAACAAACCUUCACUAACGCUAUCGACCUUUUUAAGAUAUGUCCUCUGAAUUUGAUUUGGGUAAAAAAACUUAACACACUACGAUCAAGUCUAUAAGUUAUGAAUGUUAUAGGAGGAUGUGAAAGGUUUGUUUACAUCAGUACAUGUUUUAAAUUUUGAACAGCCAAGAAACCCUGAAACACUUUAGUCGUCGAUAUGAGAGAGAAAACACUUUUUAAAGCACCGGGCAUUUUAAAAGUAGUGUAACUUCGUUGUAACAGUAAACUGGUGUUUCAUGGGAACGAGAAGCUGAAAUCCUCUCACGUCGCAGCUGCAGGUCUCGGCUUUGCGGAGGUUAAAAAAAAAUCUCAGCACGAAAGCCGCCUCGUCACAGUUCGGCGUGUUGCUGCAUUCAGGUCCAUUCACCUCCAUGAAUUGUCUCCUAAAAUACGGGUCUUAAACCUUCUCAUCGAUCGUCACAGAGGUACAGAAUCAAUCCUGGACGAUCCACGCUCACUUUAAAAGAUGCAGCUCGUGACUUGCAUUGCCACCAAAUUGCCCCCCCCCCCCCGCCUACUCUUUGAAUUGUUUUUAAGACGGGAAACAUAUCAGCAACACGGUCCUGACAGUGACAAACUACGUGCUUUAGCUUUGGAACAUGUCUUAAGACUAUCUGUCCUGGUUCCCAUCACCUGACCGGCCAAAGAAUCUCCCCACAACAAGUGACUUACACUCUGCAGAUCACGAGAUAAUAUUUCAUUAUCGCUGCCAGAGAAAAAAAAAAAAAAAACUCCUGCAAAGAAUCUGCUGAUGAUUCGAGAGCAGGAGUCGAAUGUAUUUACCAGAGGCCAGCUUCCUGUGGACUCUGAACUUUGUGUCUUUGUUGUCUGAUGAGUAGAACUAAUAGCCCUUUAUGUAAGUUGUGACUCAGGGCUAUUCUAUGCAUCGAGCAGUACCUCUCAAACUCAAGACUCUCAGAGUCGCGUCAUACGAGCAAAACCAUUCAGGAAGCUAUUCUGAAAAUCCUUUAUAAGCACAGGUGAUGUAUGAGCGUUCAUACGGAGAUGUUGUUGCAGUAGAAGUCCCACGUCUUUGUGCAUUUUUGAUAAAACUACUGCCGCACAUAUGCUCCAUUCCCCAAAUUUGAGAAAUUAAAAUUCGAGUCCUGAGGAAGACGCAAAAAGUGUUGAAAUAAAUUUGGUUCAGAGUCUCUUCAAA